AUGACUUCAGCACGAAACACCCUCGAGGUGCCCCGCGAAGCCGGCUGGGCGACCUCGACAACAUCAACCCUGGCCGGUGAAGACCACGCACACGAGAAGCACAUCCCCGACAGCAUCUCUGUCAGCGGCAAGAUAGACUCUGAUACCGAGAAAGCGACUCCACAGCCUGACGAGCAGCCCGAAGACGAAUACCCUUCUGGUACGAAGCUCGUCUUCAUCGUCGUCGCUCUCGUUCUCGCCAUCUUCCUCCUCGCUCUCGACAUGACCAUUGUCGCCACGGCCAUUCCCAAAAUCACCGAAGAGUUCCAGGGCCUCGACAAGGUCGGCUGGUACGGCGCGGCCUUCUUCAUGACGGUCGGCGCGUUCCAGUCCACCUGGGGCAAGAUCUACAAGUACUUCCCGCUCAAGACGUCGUUCCUGCUGGCCAUCUUCAUCUUCGAGGUCGGCUCCGUCAUCUGCGGCGCGGCGCCCAACGCGGAAGCCCUCAUCACGGGGCGCGCCAUUGCCGGUCUCGGCGCGGCCGGCCUCGGCGCCGGCGCCUACACCAUCAUCGCCUUUUCCGCGCCGCCGAAGCGCCGCCCGGCCUUCACCGGCAUCCUCGGCGCCUCGUACGGCCUCGCGAGCGUCAUCGGGCCGCUCCUCGGCGGCGCCUUCACCGACAACGUCUCGUGGCGGUGGUGCUUCUACAUCAACCUGCCCAUCGGCGCCAUCUCGGCCGGCGUCAUCUUCCUCUUCUUCCAGACGCCGCGCGCCGCGGUGCCGGUGCGCGCGACGCUCCGGGAAAAGGUGCUGCAGAUGGACCCGCUCGGCGUCGUGCUCAUGAUGGGCGCCACGGUCGCGUACAUCCUCGCCGUGCAGUACGGCGGCACCGCGCACGCGUGGGGCUCAUCGACCGUCGUCGGGCUCCUCGUCGGCUUCGUCGCGCUGGUCGCCGCCUGGGCGGUGCUGCAGUACUUCCAGGGGGAGCGGUCCAUGGUCUCGCCGCAGCUGGUCCGGAACCGGACGCUGGUCGUGGCCAUGGUGUACAGCUUCAUCUUUGCCGGCGGCUUCUUCGCCGCCAUCUACUACAUCCCCGUCUACUUCCAGUCGGUGCACAAUGCGACGCCGACCAUGAGCGGCGUGCGCAACCUGCCCUUCAUCAUCGCCGUCACCAUCGCCACCAUUGCCAGCGGCGGCAUCGUCUCCGCGACGGGCUACUACCAGUUCCUGCUCGUCGGCGGCGGCGCGCUGGCGACGGUCGGCGCCGGACUGCUCUUUCUCUUCAACGUCGACACGUCCACCGGCGCCUGGAUCGGCUACCAGAUCGUGGCUGGCGCCGGCUGGGGCAUCGCCUUUCAGCUGCCCAUGAUUGUCGUGCAAGGCACUGUCGAGCCCAAGGACCUCGCCUCGGCCACGGGCAUGCUUCUCUUCUUCCAGGGCCUCGGCGGAGCGUUCCUCGUCUCGGCCGCCCAGUCUGCUUUCCUGAACCAAAUGGUGAGCUACGUUUUGCAGCGCGCACCCGAGAUUGACAAGGCGACUCUGAUUCUCACCGGCGCUACCAAUAUUCGACACGCGUUCCCUGCCGAUCAGAUUCCCAUUGUCAUUGACGGGUACAUGCACGGCCUCAAGGUCGUCUUUGCUCUCUGUAUUGCUGCCACUGGUGUGGCUACCGUGGCCAGCCUAUUCACUCCCUGGACCAAGCUUAAGCAGAGUGCCGGUGCUGGUGGAAUCUAG